AUGGCUGCUUCCUUAGCAAUGAGAUCAACCAUAAAAUGUUUCAAGCCUAAGUCAAGCACUGACUCCCCUGAGAAACAGAGACCUUCUUCAAACCACCACAAGAAGAAGGGCUUCUUUAGCUCCAGAAAACAAGAUGAUCAGUACUGUAACAGAACCCAAUUCUUACAUUCAAAAGAUUCACAGUACACUUCUUCCAAAUCCAAGAAUUUUUUCAGUGUGAUCUCUGAAGUUGUUGAUGGAGAACCAGCAAUAGGUAUCGUUAGCACUAUAUUUCAAUCAGGUUGGAACCAAGAGGAAUUCCCAGUGAUUGAAAAGAUAUUAAGAGUCAACCACACAGUAGAGGUUCUGAAAAGGUUUGAAGAGUAUAGAGAGCUGGUGAAAUCUAGGGCUGCAGAAACUUGUGUCAGCAAUAGAAAGGAAAGGUUGGUGGCUGAUGGGAAUGAGGUCCUAAGACACCAUGGGGCAACUCUGCUCUGUUCAUUAGGAUUCCAAGGGAAUUCAAGCAUUUGUGGGCAACAAUCCUGUGAAGUCUGCAGUAUAGUAGGCUCUAGCAAUUCAGGGAAAGCAGUUCAGAGAUCAUUCUGUGAGACUAGUUGGGGUGCACAUGAGAAGAUGACAAAAUUGGGUUCUUCAAGGAAGGCAAUGGUAAUCGGCAGGGUCAUAGCAGGUCGAGUUGCUUACGAUUAUCCUAAGGGUUUUGUUUGCAUGGAAGAUUGUGGGUUUGAUUCUUUGAUAGUUUCAGAUAAGAAUCAAUCAAACUAUUCAGAAGAGCUUAUUGUCUUGGAUCCACGAGCUGUCCUUCCUUGCUUUGUUGUCAUAUAUACUUUCCAGUGA